AUGCCGAAAAGUUCAAGAUUGCAACGUGAAAAACAUCGUAAGAAAACACGAUAUUCUUCCGAUUCGGACAGUGAUCGAGAAGUGUCGAGAAAAUAUCGCGAAAAAGAAAGAUCAAGGGAUAGAAGAUCUCGUGAGAAAACAAGCUCAUCCAGACAUAAUAAAGAAAGCAGCAGCAGCAGAAGAAGACGAAAUUAUUCCAGUUCAUCAAGUUCGUCUUCGUCAAGAAGUAGCAGCAGUAGCAGCUCAAGAGAUUCUCGCAGUUCGACACCUUCAAGCAGAGAGAAAAGUUCAUCAAGAUCAGCAAAAGCUUCAAGUUCGUCUACAAACAAAAAGAACUUUGAUCACAUAACAAAGUUCGAAAUCAAUGACUUGUAUAAAGAAGAAGACAAAGUGAAAAUUAUCGAUGACAUUGAAGCCGAUUCUUUCAAACAAGAAGCGUUCCAAUCAAAGAAGAAAAUUGUUGUUGAUCUACAGAAAGAUAAAAUUAUUGUGCCUGAAAAUCUUAAUGCAACUGAUCAGGAAGAAUCUCUUAUACAUCCCAACUUUUUAGGUGAUGAGGAAGUUAAAGUUGAUAAAUGGAUAAAAAAGCUUCACUUGUAUAGAAACCAAUAA